AUGGACGAAGAUGCACUUGCAAAAAGGUUUGUGGAUGCAUAUAGCAGAAGGAUGGAGCUCCAUAGGCAGAGAAUGAUGGCUUGCGAGAGAAUAAACAGAAAGAUGGUUGAUCAGCAAGUGCUCCGACGAGCGAUUGAGAAGAGUAGAGGAAUGAACACAAGUGAUCUUCAGCAGAAUCAAAGUGAGCAGGCCGCAAUAUUUGGGACAGGAGCAUACCGACUGUCGCUGAUUGAGAUAGGCAGGCUGCCCGUCGAGGAUCCUGAGAAGUUCCAUACAGAAACAGCCAUAUAUCCAAUAGGAUAUGCAUGCAGGAAGAAGUAUCGAGGACACGACACAUACAACAAGAGAUCGAGAGACAGAAUUCUUUACAUCUGCAGUGUUGAUGCAGAGAAAGGGCCUGUGAUAACGGCUGAUGAUGGAAGGGUGUGGCAAGGGCCUGGGAUGUGGGAGCAGUUUGUGAACAGCAUUGGGAAUGUGGUUGAGUAUAGGAACAUGGAGGAGUUUUUUGGAUUCAUAAAUCCUAUGUUAGCCAAGAAGAUUGAAUCUCUUGGGGAUGUUUCGAUUUGUAGACGAUAUGUUCCAUGGAACAAAAGAGCCAAGCUGUGA